AUGGAAUCCCGUGUGAUCCCAGUCCCCAACGAGACUGUAGCUUCUUUCUCUCGCACCACGUGCGAUGGAAGGCUUUUGAUUUACAAGCUCAAGGUUCUUCAGCAACCCGAGCGUGCUCGCGCCUGUGGCUCUGGUGCCAAGUGUGCGUCAUCCGCCGACCGUCGCCCUGUUGACCCCCCGCCAAUUGUCGAGCUUCGCAUCUAUGACGGUGAAGAGAAGGACUCCAACGAUGUCACUUUUGGCAUGAACGCCAACUACUUCCUGUUUGCGACUUUGGAACAAGCACGUCCUAUUGCCCAAGGACGUGUUCCCAACAAUGACCCCGCCCGCCUGACCGUCCUGACCGGUACUCCUGUUGCCGGUAUGGUAUACCUGGACCGCCCCUCGCAAGCCGGAUACUUCAUCUUCCCGGAUCUUUCUGUCCGCCAUGAAGGCAAAUACAGACUUGGUUUCAGCCUGUACGAAGAGCUCAAGGAUCCCAAGGAUGCGGACCAAGCAGAUGAAGCAGCAGCCGCUGCUGCCGCCCAAGGAGAAGCCCAGAUUACCCACCGUUUGGAAGUCAAGUCCCAGCCAUUCACCGUCUUCAGUGCCAAGAAGUUCCCUGGAUUGGCUUCGAGCACCCAGCUCAGCCGUACCGUAGCCGACCAAGGAUGCCGUGUUCGUAUCAGACGUGAGGUCCGCAUGCGUAGACGUGAGAAGGGUAAGGACUACGACGGCUAUUCGGAC